AUGUUGAAUUGGGUUACAAAUUUCUGGCAUACUCUGUUAUUCUACCCUUUCUUGGUCCCUUUUGGAUUCUUCGUAAUUUUUUUGUACAAUGUUCUGUCUAAAGGUCUUGCCACUGGCAUAAACCUUCCACCCUCGCCGCCAAAGCUGCCAAUCAUAGGAAACCUUCAUCAACUAACUGCAUCUCUUCACCGUGACUUUUUAUCAUUGUCUCAGCGUUAUGGCAAGCUAAUGUUGCUUCACUUUGGCAGCAAGCCCACCGUGGUCGUCUCAUCUGUAGAUGCAGUUCAAGAAAUCAUGAAGACUCACGAUGUGGUCUUCUGUAAUAGGCCUAAAUCACGUGCUGCCAUUAAAUUAUUCUAUGACUACAAGGAUGUAGCUUUUGCUCCUUAUGGAGAUCAUUGGAGGCAGAUGAAGAGUGUUUGCGUUAUGCAACUUUUGAGUAACAAAAAAGUUCGAUCUUUUAGAAAUAUAAGAGAAGAAGAGACUGCUUUAAUGGUUGAAAUAAUAAAAGGAUCCCAUUCUUCUGUGGUUAAUUUGAGUGAGAUUAUUGUGACAUAUACAUAUGACGUCAUUUGUAGGGCAACUUUUGGUAGGAAGUAUAGUAGUAAUCGUGGGGGAGGUGUCGAUUUUAAGGAGCUGUUAAAUGAAGCCAUGGAACUACUUGGGGUUUUUAGUUUAGGAGAGUUAAUACCUUGGCUAAGCUGGGUUGAUCGACUGAAGGGUUUAGAUGGUCGAGUGCAAAAGGUGGCAGAUAGGUUGGACGAGUUUCUUGAAGCAGUCAUUCAAGAACAUCAUACGCUAAGCAUUAGUGCUGAGUGUGACUACACAGAAGAGGAUACAAAAAACUUUGUGGACAUUUUGCUUGAAUAUCAGAAUGAGAACAAGGAUGCUCUUUCAAUAGAGAGUAUCAAAGCCGUUAUAUUGGAUAUGUUUUUUGCUGGGACUGAAACAAUUUUCACACUGUUAGAAUGGAUGAUGAGUGAGCUGAUUAGGCAUCCCAGAGUUAUGAAAGAACUGCAAGAAGAGAUUAGGAACAUUGUCAGAGGUCAAGACCGCCGAGUAUGUGAGGAUGAUUUGGAGAAACUAACGUAUCUAAAAGCAGUGAUCAAGGAGGCACUAAGGCUACACCCUCCUGCCCCUUUGUUACUGUUUCGACAGCCAUCGCAGGAUGUCAAAAUAAACGGGUUUGACAUUACUGCAGGGACACAAGUGAUAAUCAAUGCUUGGGCAAUUCAGAGAGACCCAACUGUUUGGGAAGACCCUGAGGCAUUUUUUCCUGAGAGAUUCCUAAACGGAACUACUACAUAUGAUUUCAAGGGACAGGAUUUUCAGUUUAUCCCGUUUGGAGCGGGCAGAAGAAUGUGUCCUGGAUCAAGCUUCGCUGUGAUCAAUGCCGAGCUUGUGGCUGCGAAUCUGGUCUAUGAGUUUGAUUGGAAGUUGCCUGAUGGAGCAGAAUGUGGGAAGUUAGAUAUGGCUGAAAGUGUUGGUAUAACAACUCACAAGCGAGUUCCUCUUAUGGUUACUGCAGCUCCUUAUUCCUGUAAAUGAGGUAAUCCUGAAUGUAAUUGAAUCAAAUAAACUUGGAAUAUAGCACAUUUAAAAGCCAUUGGUUGCAAUGGUUUAUUCCAUUGACUUCAAAUGCUGUAAUAUAUGCUGGUUUACUGUAAUUACCACUAGUGUUAUGUUUAUUCACCAUCUUCCCUCCGAAUAAUGUAAUUGCUCAAAAUAUUCUCUCUUUAUUUUCGAUCAUUCAAUUAAGUACUUGAGAAAUACCUCUUGGAGCAGUGGCUCAGAGGUCGUCUCGCAUCCUUGAGGUGCGAGAUUCAAUUCUCAUCACGCAUAAAUCCGACCCCUCUA